AAAGUCAGCUGCGAGGUUGACAAUGCAAAUUGCAUUCUGUUAUCAUAUUGUUAUACACAUCAUCGAUAACAAAAAAUAUUAUGUUUUCUAAAAACUAAUGGCAAAUUAAACCUAUAAUGUAAUACAAUGGCCUCGAGAAACCUGUUUUCAAAGCACCUGCCAAAUGUAAAGCUCGCCACUCGCUUCGACGCCGACGGGAAUGAGAUCCAGGUUGAACGUCGCGAAGAUGAGGAACAAAAGCGCAAAGAGCAGGAAAUUAUUGAUAUCCUGGUGGGGGCCGGGUAUUACCGAGCGCACAUCCAAGGUUUGUCAAUUUUUGACAAAAUUGUCGGUGGAAUGACUUGGUGCAUCGAGGCUUGCGAUUACGAUGUAGAUGUGGACCUUCUGUUUCACGAGAAUCUCACCAUCGGACAGAAGAUCACUCUCACAGAGAAGAUAGUUGUGGUCCUGCCGAAGAUGAAAUGCCCUUUUCAGUUGGAACCGCAUCAGAUUCAGGGUCUAGAUUUCAUCAACAUCUUCCCGGUAGUGGAGUGGUUGGUCAAACGAUCGGCUGAGAAUCGCAGCGAGAAAGCCGAGAAGCUCAAAAAGCUAGCAGUAUCGCAGUUCCAAAAUUACUUCACACUCCAAUCGGAUAAGGAAACCAAACAAGUGCACUCGAAGCAGUUGGAGAAUCUCCGGGCGGUUGAGGAUCGCUAUAUUCCGAAGCGGCAAUUUAAGCGCACAGAGAAGGGUCCGGAUGACGUCAUGAGUCGGGUGAGGAUAACUUUGAUGGAGUACGGAACGAGAGAUUUUUCCGUCAAGACGAAUGUGGACAUUCCUGAUUUGGACGAUACUCAGGAAUCGGAAGACGUGUUUGAGAGUUUUCUGCAAAGAACGGAACAAGAGCUUGAUUUCGAUAAUUUGUUCAAAAAUUUAUCAGUUGCAAAGGAGCAAAGCAUUUCGGUCGAACUGACGGACGCCGAGAGACAAGCCUUGAACCAACAUUACGAAGAUCUCAAACGUGAAAUGUCGAUCGAUACCAGUCAACUGUCUGAGCAGAACAAAAUUAAAACUAUUUUGGCUACGAAACUUGCAUUGGAAAAAAAGCUCGAACGGAUCAAAGCAUCGAAUAGUAAACUGAAGGACACUUUGCAGCAAGAACAAGCUGAUUCGGAUGAAAUGAGAAACCUGAAGGUUUCGCUCGAAGCAGAAAUUCAUAAUCUGGACAAUAUGGAGAUCAACGAAGAAAAUCAGAAGAUCCUGGCACAUGUUCAGGAGCUGAUUUUGAAGAAUGAAAAAAUGAAACAACAAGAAACCGAAUUUAAGGAAAAGUGCAAAAAGGAACUUGUCGAGCUUCAGGAGAAAAUUGAAAAGGCAGAAACUUCAACUCCCGAUGAAGACAUAGCAGAAAAUCAGAAGCAGUUAGAUUUUGAGUUGGAGCGUUUAAAAUCAUUGCGUUUGCAGCUAGCUAAGAAGAACCGUGCCUUCGUUUCGAUCAAUCGCCAGUUGGACAACAUUCCUGACCGUACUGAGCUGGCUCAGUACCAGAGAAGAUUUCUUGAGCUUUAUAAUCAAGUAAGUGCAACCCAUCGCGAGACGAAGCAGUUCUACACGCUGUACAACACACUUGACGACACCAAGCUGUACCUUGAAAAAGAAAUGUCCUUACUGAACUCGAUCUACGAAAACUAUGGCAGUGCAAUGCAGUCGUUUAAUUCUCGAGAACAAUUCGUUCAACAGUUCGAAACGAUAGUCGAAGGCAUUCGCACCACCAAAGCAAAGGUCAAAACGAAGUGCGAUGACGAACGUGCCAAACGAGACGGCCUCAAUGCACAACUUUUGUGUCUGGUCGAACAGCAGCGUAAAUACGCCGCAACGGUCAAACAACUGACGGCAGAAUGCCAGCGAAAUGAAGCCCUGCUGCGCCGUAACCAGCAUCUUCAAAUGGAACUCGAACCGAACCAAUAAAUUAUUAAUACUAGUUCUAAACUAUAAUCACACAUCGUGCAAAUAAGGAACACGUAAAAUAAACUAUUAUAUUACUUUUUUAUUCCACCAUCA